AUGACUGACACCAAAGAAAAGCCAGGCGUUGUUCACGAUGACAACCCUGCCCUAUUCCAAGUCGACACGAAUACGUUGGAGAAGCCAAUCCCGGCAGUACGGAACAUUGACUACAGUGGUGCUCAUGAGAAGACUAAUCCUCGCGAGAUUGCCCUGGUCAAGAAACUCGACCGAUGGAUCAUGCCGAUGUUAUGGAGCAUGUAUUGGCUCAACUACUUGGACCGCAACGCGAUUGCUCUUGCUAGGAUCAAUCAUAUCGAGAAAGACCUCGGUCUUGAUUCUGUUCAGUACUCGACUUGUGUCAGCAUAUUAUUUGUUGGCUAUCUCCUUGGCGGUGUGCCUGCCAACAUGAUCCUAACCCGUACAAAGCCAUCCGCAUUCCUCUCUAUUGUCAUGAUGGCCUGGGCAGUUGUCAGUGCUGUGACAGCCCUGGCCCAAAACUUCACAGGACUUCUCCUGACCCGAUUCUUCCUUGGCAUAACUGAAGCUCCAUACUACCCAGGAGCAGUCUACAUCCUGAGCUUGUUUUAUAACCGCAAGGAGCUUGCGACUCGAAUCGCCAUUUUAUACACUGGUAACAUCCUCGCUACUGCUUUCGCUGGUCUCAUCGCCGCCGGCAUCUUCCACGGACUUGAUGAUGUGGCGGGCAUCUCAGGAUGGCGCUGGUUAUUCAUUCUCCAGGGCGCAGUGACAUUUGCGAUUGCUGUCGUUGGUUUCUUCGUCUUGCCCGAUACGCCCUUGACUACCAAGUGGCUCACCCCUGAGGAGAGACUUCUCGCCCACAACCGUAUCGAGCUAGAUACUACGCAGAACCAGGGAGAUGCUGGAGUCUGGGCUGGUUUCAGGCAAGCAGUUAGCGAUCCCAUGGUCUGGAUUUUUGCUUUGAUGGCUCAUUUGCAUCUGGCGGCAAAUGGCUUUAAGAACUUCUUCCCUACGGUCGUGCAAACGCUCGGUUUCAAUGACACGAUCACUCUUGUUCUGACUUGUCCACCAUACCUGAUCGCGGGUGCCGUCACAAUCGCCGUGUCGUGGAGCUCGGGCAAGUUCAAUGAACGGACUUGGCACAUCACGAUCUCCAAGAUUGUGGCGACAAUUGGUUUUGUGGCUGCAUGCUCCACGAUGAACAUGGCCGGCCGUUAUGUAGCCAUGGUCAUUUUCACCAUCGGUACGUACGGCGUCAACUCACUGAUCCUGGGUUGGUGCGGUAGUGUUUGCGCCCAGACCAAGGAGAAGAAGGCCGUGGCCAUCAGCAUUGUGACGAGUCUUAUGAACGUGUCGUUUAUCUGGACCCCUUACCUCUGGCCCAAAGAGGAUGGUCCUCGAUAUGCCACUGCGCUUGGCGCCAGUGCCGGAUUUUCUCUGGGAACUGCAGCUGUCGCGUGGGUUGCUAGGGUCAUCAUCAAGAAGCGGAACGAGAAGUUGAGGCAGCAGGACAACGAGGACCAGAACCUCUACGUUUACUAG